GGUUUCUCACGCAGCCUGUUGCCAGGAGGACCGGUUUCCUUUCAUUUGUGUGUGUCUGGCUGCUGAAGAGGCCGUCGGCGGUGGAGGGUCAGUGCUCUUUCUCCUGUGCCGGUUCAGACAAAAUACCGGAAAGACAACGAAUCCUCUUCAAUAAGACUGGCGAUGGAUAACAGCAAACGGACGGUGGUCGUUACAGGUUUGUGUUUUUACCCGUUUAGCGUCCGUUGUCUCAUGUCGGGGGGCUGGAGUGCAGGAAAAGUUGUUAAAAUGACAGCUGCUGUAACGUUAAUGGCGUCAGGCUGUUAACAGCUUCACUCCGCUGCAGUCUCAGACAGAGGCGAGGGUUUGGAUUGUGUUGUGGUUUCUUGUUGUAAAAAAGAUAAUUGAGGUUGCGUGUUGUUUAUUGAGACCAAUGCCACAAGCUGGCGGGCAUUUUUGUGGUUUCUGUACCGUGUUGUCUCGAACAAAACUAAGACAAUAACAAUUUAUGAGAGAUUACAUGUUAACUGAAUCUUUACAGAUCUUCUAUUCCUGUAUACAUUUUAUAAAUACAUUAACAUGAUUUUGAAGUAGAGAUAGACUACAUUCUUAGACACACAUAAAAGUUAAGUUAAAGUGAACUCUUUAAUGUUUUUUUGCUAUUGUGUCAAAACUGUAGUUUGUAGUUGUCACUGUUAUUUGUGUGCAGCUUCACAGAGCCACGAGUAAAAUUGAGAUAAAACCAAAACCUCUCCCAUCCAAAUGUGUGAGAUUAUCCUUUUAUUUAGUGUCUUUAUAGGACCCACAUGAAGUAAAACAAUAAGAGACUUUGUUGUGAUUGUUCAACUUUACUUUCAAAUGAGACACUGAGUUUUUAUGCUGUUAUUGUGUAUAUUAGGGUCGAGGACAAAACUGGAAAACAGCCACUGAUCAUGUUUCAGUGUUGAUAUCCUAUUCUGUAAGGAAGCUCAUAUGGUUAAAUCUGAUUAAAUCACAUUGCUUUGUGUUCCAAGUUUGACAGUAACAGCUUGGAGUAAAUGACUGCACUUGGAUGUUGUAUUCAGUUUAAAGGCCACAUGUUCAACUUUGGCAUAUGUGUCAUUAUUAGUAAAAAUAUUGCGUUAAAGUUAAGAAAACCUAUGCACUGGUGAAAUUAAUGUGAAUACAUGACUAGUUAUCAAUAUAAUAUUCCAUAGAUGAAGCGCUGAGACUGUGCAGCCAACAGAAGUAGUGAUUUGGUGUUUCCAGACACAAAGGAGAGCAGGGGCUCACAGCCCCAGCUGAUACAAGAUGUUGAGAUUGCCUGGGAACAGCACCUUCACAAUGGCGAGCCGGCUGGCAGCUGCUGCUGGCCCCUCGCUCUGCUCCUUUUCAGCAGCCUGUCAGACAGACUGACCCCCCCUCUACCUAACCCCAGGGGACCUGCUGACCCUUGGAUGGUUGGUGGAAAGGGAUCAGUUAUAGAUCCUUACAUAAACAAGCCUGAGUGAAUAUCUAUAGGCUGCUGCUGUGAUUUUGUAGGUCAUAUGAGGAGUAUGGAAAGGGUGGAGAUUUUUGAUGAAAAUGAUAGUUUGGAGGUUUCUAAUUUCAGUGAAAAGCAGCAUGCCACAAGGCCAAAAACACCUUUUCUCUUUUUGGGUUUAUAUUUUUGAACAUGUUGUUGUAAGUAGCAAGGUUCAUGUCUGUGUACAGCUGAAAUUCCUCUUUAAAAGUGCUGAAUUCAGGCACUCUUAAUAUAUUUGUCUAUAUCUUAUUGUCAAACAUAAGUCAACCAUUCAGAUCAUUCAAUUAUAUGUAAAAAAAAAAACAACAACAUAGUGAUAAUAUAUUCAAACCAUGGCAACAGUACAGAGUGUGCAACAGGACUUCAUUAUGACAAUAUAAGGCUAUGGCUCACACCGCUUGCAGUGUUUUAGGUGUCAUACUACAUUCACAAAUUUACCUCUCCGUGACUGAAUGUAUAGUUCAUAUCAUUCAUACAUUUGUUUAAUGAGUAUUUGUUUUUGUGUUUGGCAGGUUUUGGGCCAUUUGGAGAACACACAGUAAAUGCCAGCUGGGUCGCGGUACAGGUAUGUUUUAUCACGCUGUUGCUCGUGUACAAUAAUCCCAGUUCCAUAAAAGCUGGGAUGCUGAGUUAAAUCUUCAUGAAAAUAGAUUUUGAUGGUUUGCAAGUCAUUUUAACAUAUUUAAUUGACGAUUGUGCAACUAAAACCUUAUACAUUUUGAGAAUUGAUUCUCCUAUUAAACUUAAUGCAGCAUCACAUUUGGGACAGACAGUUGGGUCAGAGGCUUGUUUAUCAUUGUGUUGCGUCAGCCUUUCUUUUGACAACACUGUAAAUGUUUGAGAACCCAGGAGACCUUGGAGAGAGUGAAUUGAUGUCCUGCUCUUGCUUGAUAUUGGAUUUCAGCAGCUCAACAGUACAGGUUCUCCUUUGUCAUAACUUUUUUUGUGUUGUUAUGCACCAGUUAUUUUUUUAACAGGUUAAAAGUCAGUCGGCCAGUUGUGUACCUUGCUGCCUCGCUGCUGUUAUGCGUGCAAACUGUAGUUUUGGACCCUUUUGUUGUGUGAUGCAAGGUGGUCUCUAAAAUAGACGUUGUCUGGAAGCAAGAUUGUGUUGUUGCUAAACCUCAAUUUAUCAUAGAGCACAAAUUUUGCCCUCACAGAUGUGUAAGCCGCCCAUGCCAUGGGCACUUGUGCAUCCCCAUAUCUCUGAGUACUGUGUACUGGCUGUUAAACUGUGCUGAGAAAAAGCCAGGAGGUCACUCUCCUCUUUAGCAGAGAGGGUGUAACAUUCAGUUGUGGAUUAAUUGGCAAAAUGUGUCAACAGACAAUAUUUUUAGAGGAAGUUUUGAGCUCAUGAAGUGAUUUCCACUGCAGAGUCGUGUCUGUUUUCUGCGCUGUGCCACAUGAAGGAUGUGUAGAUCAAGGUUUCGGGCUUUGUCUCUCUUGAACAGACUUAACUAAAUUCUCUGAAUCUUUUAAUGGUAUUCCAAAAUCUGUCGCAGUUUUACACAGAGGAAGAUUUUACUGAAGUCUCUGAACUAUUUCCUCACCCAGUCUCAGUAACAGAAUGGUGAAUCUCUUCCCAUCUUUACUUUUAGCCUCUCUGUGAAGUCUUUUUAGACCAAGUCAUUUUAUUAACCUUUUCCAAAUGAAACCCGAUUAUUGAUGAUAUGUGUCUUUGUUGUCCCUGUCCGAACUAUUUAAAAACAUGUUGCUGGAAUUAGAUAUAAAGUAAACAUACAUUUCUCAUAAAGCACAAAAUGUUUUAUCAGUAGGGCUUACAUGAUUUGGUAUAAUCUGUUUCAACAUUUUGACAACAUUUUAUAUUCAACUCAUCAGUCUACAACUAUCAGUCACAAACCUUAAGACUGCUGUAGUAGUAAGGUUUGUGAUUAAGUUCAGUGUCUUACCUCGUUUUUAACACUUAGUUUAACAGUCAUAAUCAAGCCCUUUAGCAUUUACAGAAACGCUUUAUGAUUUUGAUCAAAAAUUUAACUUUAAAUGUGGCACGCUAUCUCAGCGCGACUCAUCCUGUGAUAGCCAAGAAAUGACAGUCUGAACCAAAUAAUCAAAUAUAAAAAAUAGUUAAUGUACGUGAGACCAAGUAUGUAUUUCUAUUUUUGUGGUUGUGUCAUGAUGCCCUGACUCUGCCGGCCGGCUUCCUACCAUGCAGCAGCAGGCCGAUAGGCUGUCUGUGUCCUACUGAGGAAACUGCAUGUGGGGGAUGAAGGUGGUUGUCAAGGCGUCUAGACGGACUUGAUAAGGGUAUUAAGGACAAACAAUAGGCUGCAUUGUGGCGGGGUCACAGACGUGGUCAAAAAAGCCUCUUUUUAACACAAGUGGGGGUCAGUGUCCAGGGUUGCUGGUCCUGCAGGGAGACAGGGGGAGGUGCUGGUCACUGACUGUGAAUGUGACACAGAUUUAUCUUGGUCAGAGUGUGUGUGAUCACGGCUGUUAUUUUUGGAUUUUCUUACGCUGGCUAUUUAUUCUUAUGACUUGUGUUUAUAUGGUAACACAAAUAAAUUAUUUUUGGAUUAUUUUGGAUUGAAGAUGUUGUGUUUUAAUAGGAUAUCUUUUACAAUUGAUGGUGAAAUGUGACCAACAUGCAUGCAAAAAGAAAAAGGUGAAAGGAGUAACGAGUAGAAAAAAUUCUGAAUUCAUUGUUUGAGAAGUGAAAAAAUGUCAAAUGAAGAAAACAUUUUGUCAAAGAUGUAAUUUCAGGAUGUGUAUUUUCAUCAUAGAGAUCCAUAUGCCAGCACAGCUCUCCUGUCUUUGAAAGCUGAAGUAGGUUUGUAAAUGGCCAUUUGACAGGAUGGUUUUCUUCUCUCUAUAAACAUAAAAAAGUGUAUCUCCAUCCAUUGUCUGCCUACAAAUGGGUGUAUUUUGUGAAAGUUCAUUUUGCAAUAAUUGCACCAUCUCUUGGAGUUGUUUAUAAUCAUACUUUAAGCUACAUCUUUAUUUGUGGUUUUUAGCAGCUGUUUGUGUUGAUAGGUGAUAAUCCUUUAUGUAUGAAAUUCACUAUAUUUUGCUUUGAUGAACUAAAGUUACAAGUGUAAUCUCACGAAAUAACAUGCAGCUGCACCAAUGAACACUUCAUAAAGAAAAGUCCUAAACUUAGAUCAUAGGUCUCACUAAAAAAAAUUACAGACUAAUCUAUUUUUUUCCAAAACAAAAAGAAAAAAAAACUAGCCUGAAUGUUUCUUUUUCUCUUAACAGGAACUCAAGAAGCUUGGACUUGGAAAUGAAGUGGACUUGCAUGUAUCUGAGGUUCCUGUGGAGUAUCAGACAGUCCAGAGUUUGGUUCCUUCAUUAUGGAAGCAGUAUCAUCCCCUGGUAAGAGAAGAGUGUGGCGUGACACGGUCAUACUAUUCUGCUGUUUAAGGUGCUUUACACUCAUGUCUGUGUUUCAGUGGAGUGUGCGGCAUGUUUUUAUGUAUUUAAUUUAUAAUUAAAUAAAUAAUAAUUUUUGUUAGUAAAUCUAACAUGUAUUUCGACUGUUCUUUUUGUCUUACAGUUAGUUGUUCACGUUGGAGUCUCAGGUAUGGCCACCACUGUAACACUGGAGAAGUGUGGCAGAAAUCAUGGCUAUAAGGGCCUGGACAACUGCAGCUUUUGUCCCGAUUCACAGUGCUGUGUUGUUGGAGGUCCAGACUGUAUCGACUCAGUUAUUGACAUGGAAUCAGUCUGUAAAAGAGUGACUGCUUCAGGGCUUGGAGUAGCAGUGUCCGUCUCUAAGGAUGCUGGAAGGUAAUUGUUCAUUUAUUUUUCAUGUCAAAAUCAGUCUUUUAGUUUGUCUCUCAUCACUGGAUCACUAACUUUUGUUCUAGGUGGAUCUGCAAAACAAGCAGAUGAGCCAUAUACACAAUGUUCAGCUCUUGUAUUGUGCUGUGAUUUUUGUUUGUGCUUGACAUACACCGCAUUAAUCUGGUAGAAAUUCCUAGAAAAGACUACAACAGCGCCUCUUUGAAUGCUGUGACCUUAUCUACAUCAGCUUUUACAAAGACUGAUUGAAGCCUGGCCCACAAUGAAGUCUUACAGCUGUAAUAUACUCGAGUAUCAUGGGUUAGACAAGAAAUAUGCAAACCAUGUGAGUAAAAAUCUCUGAAAUUCAGGGAGAUCUGUGAAAAGAGUAAUGGAUGUUUUAAAGCUACAAACAGCCAGCACCCUCUAAUGGAGAAAGGAAGUACAGCCACACUUUUGCAGACCUCCAAUCCAUUUAUUAUGUUUGGAAAAUACUGAUUUUCUGUGACACAUUCUUUUAAUGAAAGCUCUAAUGAAGAGAAGUGUUGAUUGUUCUGUGGGUCAGUUUUCGUCUACAGUGAGCAAAGCCAAAGAACAAUUUAGUGUUAGACAGAAAGUGACUUUAAACCAGCUUCUCCAAAAUGAUAAUGGAGGCUCAACACCUCAGUCAGCCAACAAGAACUGAAUAUUAUUACCUUUGUAACACGAUAGUUUUAUUAGCUUAUGUAAGUUUAAGCUGAUAUCACCCACUGACCUGGCAUCUGACUUUUCUCUUUUAAAUUUCCUUUUACUUACUGAUGUGAUUGAUGCUGAUACGUGUGUGAUAAAAUAGUGUCAGCAUUGAUCAGGCUACAUCAUAAACUGUCAGUCACACAUCUCCACCUCUUCCCACUGAGUAGGGGUCAGCUGAUGGUAGUGUUGUUUUGUUCGCGAACGAUUCGUUCAAAGAACCGAGUCUUUUAACUGAACGUACUGUACCAAAUCACUUCCUCGAGCGAUUUGUUUCACUUCAAUUGAGUUGAAGUGAGAACCGGCAUUGCCAGGCCAGCAGCCGGUGAACGAGGGACCACAUGCACCGACGCCUGAAUCACUUGGUGAACGAAUCACGCAUUGAUCUACACUCUCUGGAAUCAUUUUUGUCGGACAACACUACCUUUUUCUUCACUGCUAAACAACCUGCAAACAAUAGGACACAGCAUGUAACAAGUAGUGCAUAAAACCCGCAGCAUACUAUUUCUAGUUCUAAAAGAACUGCGUUCCCAUCACUCGCUGAUGGAGCUGCAGUUGGCUUUGUAGAACACUGAGAGGAGGAAUAAGUGUUGUAUUAAAGUAAUGACUCAGCCUUUGAAACAUCGGUCUUUAAUCUGUGCUGCUCAGACUUCCUUCUUCUCUACUUUUCCUGCCGAUGUUUCCCUUUGUCAUUUGAUCCUGUGCUCACUUUUUCAACAGAUAUCUCUGCGAUUUCACCUACUACACGUCUCUGUACCUGAGCCACGGUCGAUCUGCCUUCAUUCAUGUGCCUCCUCUUGGAAAGCCUUACAGCGGAGAGGACCUGGGCCGCGCUCUCAAGGCCAUUGUCCAGGCCAUGUUGGAGCUUCUGGACCAGGCCGAGGAGAAGAUCCACUGCCAGCAACACUUCCACUAAGUGACCUCCAGAAGCCAGCCAGCCUCUCCAGCCUUCACCACACAGGGGAAAUUGCACUUAACCACAAGUAGCCAAACCUCUUUUUUUUCUUUUGUCAUUGACAAAACAAAGAAACUGACUUGUUUGUGAUCUUUUUAGUGUUUCUUUGUCAUUGUUUUCGUUUUUUUGUCAUAUGUGUCGCUUUGCCUGAUUGCAUUUCUUUUAAUGUCUCUCAGUUGUGUGUAGAUGAAUAGAGGGUGUAAUUAAAAAAACCCUCAGUCACACUGUAACAUAAGAUUUUGUCCAAUUUCAGAGGAAGAUAAAACAUCUGACUUCUGAGUCGAUAAUAUGUAAAAUAUACAGUAUAAUGCUCAUAAAGACUCAGACACAUAAUGCUUUACAAAGAUGUUUGUAUACAACGAGUCUUUUACAAAAUAUUUCAGCCUCUAAUUCAAAUGUGACUCCUAUUCAUGCACCUUAUAGGGGGUAGGGUUACUGAAAUGGUUGUAGGAGUCACAUUGAGGGAAUGGUUUCAUGUAGUCUUUAGUUUUCAACUCUUAAUCCUGGAAAUUUGAGUUGUGCUCUUAAGGUUUUCAAACAGUUAAUGUACACGAUACAUUAUGUGUUUGGUAGAAAUAUUUUGCAGUGGACUGUGCUUGCUCAUCUUCGCUUCUCCUUUACAACCCAUUAACUGUGCUGUUUCACACUCGGCGUUGACUUGUUUCUUUGGUCCUUUUUUCUUUAUAAGAAGUUUCGGAUUUGCCUUCUUUUACAAAGGUUAUUUAAAUCAGGGAACGGGUUGGUUCCAGCUCUUAUUUCCCAGUUUGAUGGCUCAAUUCUGACAGAAAAACCCACAAUUCCACCGUAUUGAGAUCUGGCCCCAGGCGGUGCAAUGUCAACAGAUCUCAUGCUCAGUGAUUUUAUUCUAGGGUUACAGAAGUCAGUUAGGGCCUCACUUUGACUUUCAGAUUGCUGUGUUGCUUGUUCUUAGUUGAAAUAGUAUAUCCAUUCAUAGUGUUUAAAUCAAUUGGACCAUUGGUGGAUAUCUUUCCUUGUGUCUGUUUGAUGUAAAGAGCUUCCCAAGGGAUUGUAGGGAGGGACAACAUCACUGCCAUCUCUGCUCCUGAUCUUUUUAGGCAGUCUUUAAAGACGCCUGGUGUUGGAGCCUUACGCAACAAAAUGAUCAAAAACGAUCCCGAACUGUGUCGAGAAAAAUGCUCUUUCUUUUUAAGAGUUUGCAACAUUUCAAGCCCAGAACAAAAUCCUGUUUCACACUUUUGUAUGGAGCCCGGAUUUUUAUUUCUUGACCUCAGCUUUCUGUUACCCCCUGUGUAAAAUCAUAUGCAGCUGUUCUGAGGACUGAUUUCAAGUAGUUGUUCCUCAUUCAGUCAGAGUCGGGCCAUGACUUUUAUUUAUGUAGCACUUUCUAAUUCUUUUUAUUUUUCAUUUUAGCUGUAUCUGGAAUAUGGACAGCAACUUUAACUGAAAAUACCUGCAUUAUUUUACUUUAUUUUUCAGUCACUUUAUCAUGAAAAUGUAGCUUUCCUAACAUGCACACCAUUUUAAACAUUUUCCUCCCACAAUUAUUUUGAAUUACGUGUGUGAACUUGUGCUCUUUCUUGCUUUAUGUUCUGAGCUUUUGUUUGUUCUGUCUUGUAAAACACACCCCAUGCGUAUUCACGUUGAACUCGUAAAGGUAAACAUUCUGCCUUAGCAUCCUGUGCCUUGCUGUUGUUUGUGUUAUGAAAAGGCCUUAAAAUUGCUCAGCAGUUCAAUUCAAAGAUAUUUCACUGAUGCUGUCCAGUAUAUGUGGAUACGUGGCUACCUCAGAUUUACUUUUUUUUUUAUCUUGAUGUGUGUUCAGUUUUACAAUAACACAAUGGCUCUGCAAUUCAAUGUGGAUUUUUUUAUUUUGGGAAAAUCCUCUGAAAAAAAGUGUCUUCUCUUGACGUAAAACAGAGCACCAUUACAAAAUGUAAUUGUGGCUUUGUAAGAAGGAAAGGCUUUGAAAUAAAGAGAAUUAAACAGUUUCACAGAACAUCUCAUGUGUCACUCAUUACUAGUUUGUUUUAAGAACUAUGUACCAAAACAUUAAAUUGGCUUCCUAUAAAUGUUUGUUGCAUAUCGAAGAUAGAUGUAGUUAUGAAGCACCACAUUGAGGCAUGACUGCUGAAUAACUAAGCAAGUAUUCAGUCGGUAUUUACCAAAUAUUCUGUGCAAUAUUUCCCCUUUGUAAUACUCUAUUAAUACUACGUUAAUACUCACUCCUUCUUAACUACUGUCACAGUAAGUAGUUAUUCUUUUUCAUGUAUGCAUUAUUUCUAUUUCUCAACAUUUGAAUUAAGUUUUUCAUAUGUUGUUUUACAGCCGUAUGUGUCAUUUGCUUUUUUUAUCUUUAAUUUGAUUAACUAUUUUGCUUUUCAAUCCCUUUUCAUGCCAUCCCUGAAGAGUACGAUGGCCAAGAACCGCCACUGCUGCAAAUAAAAGGCCAUGUAGCGUUGAUAUGAAGUUGAACUGAAGCCAACACUACAGUGGCAUCCUCCAGAUCAACUUCAUAUCGACUCAGGCGCUACAUGGUCUAACCAAAUGACACAUUGAAAAGUUAAUGAAGUGAAAUUAAACAAUAACCUUUCCACUUA